UGCAUAUAAAGCCAUGCCCGCCUCCCUCCAACGCCGAGUCGUCGUUGUUCCCUCGACACCCACCCCCACCCCCCGCGCGCACCCCGCCCCGCUCCGGUCACCACCACCGCUCUCCCUCACGCAGCCAUGCCCGGUCCCAUCAUCGCGUCCGGCAAUGGCAUCGGUGCCAAUGCCCCCAAGAGCAAGCUUGCCGGCAUUGCCAUGACCGCCUUCGCCGCCUUUGGGGGUAUCCUCUUUGGCUACGAUACCGGUACCAUCAGCGGUAUCAUCCAGAUGCUCGACUGGUUGAAGCUCUUUGGUGACCCAUGCCCCGCCGACAUCAUCAACACAACCUCGUGUACUCGCGGCUACUACCUCCCGUCACAACGCCAGUCCCUCGUAGUCUCCAUCCUUUCCGCGGGUACCUUCUUCGGUGCCCUCUUCGGCGCGCCCGUCGCCGAUAUCCUCGGUCGUCGUCACGGCAUCCAGUUGGCCUGCAUAGUCUUCGUCCUCGGUGUUGCCCUCCAGGUCGGCUCCCACAACAUCGCUACCUUCGUCGUCGGCCGUGUCUUCGCCGGCCUCGGUGUCGGCCUCGUCUCUACCCUCAUCCCCAUGUACCAGUCUGAGUGCGCACCCAAAUGGAUCCGCGGUGCCGUCGUUGCAGGCUACCAGUGGGCCGUCACCAUCGGUCUUCUUCUCGCGUCCGUCAUCAACAACGCGACCAAGGACCGCAACAGCCACGCUGCAUGGCGGAUCCCCACCUCCAUCCAGUUCAUUUGGGCCUUCAUCGUCUUCACCGGCAUGUUCUUCCUGCCAGAGUCACCUCGUUGGCUCGUGAAGCAGAACAAGCACGAGCAGGCUGCCAAGUCUCUCGCUCGCCUCACUAGCCUCUCGCCCACCGACCCCGAGGUCGAGGUCGAGAUUGCCGAUAUCAAGGCCAAUCUCGAGGAGGAGCGUGCGCUUGGCGAGAGCUCGUACCUCGACUGCUUCCGCAUCACGCACAACAAGAUCUGCCUCCGCACCUUGUCUGGUAUCUUCAUUCAGGCAUGGCAGCAGCUCACCGGUAUCAACUUCAUCUUCUACUUCGGCACAACCUUCUUCUCGCAGGCCGGCAUCGCGAACCCCUUCCUCGUGUCGGUUGCCACCAACAUUGUCAACGUGGGCAUGACCAUCCCGGGCAUGUGGGGUGUCGAGCGCUUCGGUCGCCGCUCGCUCCUGCUCUGGGGUGCUGCGUGGAUGACGAUUUGCGAGUUCAUCAUCGCCAUCGUCGGCGUCACCAUCUCCGUCGACAACAAGGCUGGCCAGCAGGCGCUCAUUGCCCUCACUUGCCUGUACAUCGCCGGCUUCGCCUCGACCUGGGGUCCCAUUGCCUGGAUUAUCACGGGGGAGAUCUUCCCGCUCAAUGUCCGUGCCAAGGCGAUGUCGCUGUCCGUCGCGUCCAACUGGCUCUGGAACUGGGCCAUCAGCUACGCGACGCCGUACCUCGUCAACUCGGGCGCGGGCAACGCGAACCUCGGCUCGAAGGUGUUCUUCAUCUGGGGCUCGACGUGCGCGGGCGCGUUCGUGUUCACGUACUUCUUCAUCCCCGAGACGAAGGGCCUCUCGCUCGAGCAGAUCGACCUCCUCUACCAGAACUCGACGCCCAUCUCCAGCGUCGCGUACCGCCGGGAGCUCGUCGCGAACGACGUACACGUUGCGGACCACGUCGCGGACCGCCAUCACGACGAGAAGGCGAGCGACGAAAAGGUCUGAGCACCCCCCUCGUGUUUAUCCGAGGCGGCUGCUUGGUGCUGUUGUAAUGAGGCGGAGGAGGCCGCACUGGACGAUGGGCCCGA